AUGGCGUUGAGCACUCUCAACAAUCCUGUGCUGGACGAUGAGGACGAAUGCAACUUCUGGUCGAUGUUCGCCGCUCAUCAAGCCGUGCUUCAACGGCGAUGUAUGCUGGAGCAAAGUGUACUCGCCGAGAUCGACGAACUGCUCUCAGAGCAAAAACGCGCUGAGAGACGGCGCAACCGGCUUGUGCUAGCGGCUGCGCGACUCUGCUCCCGCGAGCGGCAUGUGUGGGCGUAUCCCCGUGCCAGGUCUUGGUACGAGACAACGCUCCCGUACUUUCCUGAGAGCACGUUUAGGGAGAACUUCCGCCUAGACCGCAGCACCUUCCGGUACGUAGUAAGCGUAUGCGAGUGUAUGAGACGAAACAACACCAACAUGCGUCAAGCUAUCCCUCUGGAGAAGCGUGUGGCUAUUGCCUUGUAUCGCCUGGCGACCUCGGCAGAAGACAGAACUGUCGCAAAUCUUUUCGGCGUCAGCCGGUCAUCCGUCAACAUCAUUUUCAGAGAAUUUUGUGAAGUUCUGGUGCAGCGCAUUGAACCACGGUUUGUCAAGUUCCCUCGACCCAAUGACUUGGCUGAACACCUGCGCCAAUUUGCAGCAGUUGCAGGCUUCCCUCAAGGGGUGGGCGCCUUGGACGGCUGCCACCUCGAGGUGUGCCCUCCGAAGGAUCAUGACUCAGACUAUCAUAAUUAUAAGGGGUGGUAUUCCACCAUUCUUUUGGCUGUAGCCGACCACGCAUACAGGUUCCUGUACACAAACGUUGGAUCACCUGGGAGGAAUCACGACUCAGCUGUAUUCCAGCGCUCACGGCUUCCGGGCGUCCUGGCUGGCGAUCUGUUUCGGUCAGAAGCCAAAACCUUUGAAGGGAUCUCUGUUGGCCCUGUCCUUCUCGCAGAUCAGGCUUUCCCUCUGCAGUGCCACAUGAUGAAACCCUUCCCUCAGCCUGGUAGUGUUGGGUCCCCCACACGGGCUUUUAACUACCGUCUCUCCAGUGCCAGGAGAGUCGUAGAGAACGCAUUUGGUCGGCUCAAGGCGCGGUUUCGAAUCCUUCACAAGGGACUGGAAUCGGACAUCGAGAGUGUGAACACCAUUGUUCGCGCGUGCUGUGUGCUCCACAACAUAUGUGAGCAGCUAAAUGAUCGCUGUGAGAAGAACUGGCUCGACACGGUGCAGAGCGACGACAAGAAUCGGCCCCAGCCAGUCCGCUUCACCAGCGUGGAGGAGCCAUCAGGAGUGGAAGUUAGGAAUGCCCUUGCGAAAUACUUUUCCGCAAACUGA